AUGUACGGUGAUGAAGUUAACAUACAGGAUGCAUUUAGUGGUUUAAUUAUUCCUGGUUUUGAAUGUUAUUUUCAACGUGAUGAUGAUGAUGAAUUAUAUUCAGAUUGGUACAAUGAUGGUGAACAAACCGAAUCGGAUGAUGCUAAAAUUGAUAAUAAUGUGCCGUUGGAUGUUCAAGAUGUCGUUAAACAAUUUCUUGAUUCAAUUGCUAUUGAUGAUGAAUCAUUUCGCUUGCCAUGUUACGCCCAUUCAAUUCAAUUAGCUAUUAACGAUGGUUUAAAGGGUUCAACUUGUGUUCAGCCAUCAUUAGAAAAAAUUUCAAAAAUAGCCAAGUUAUCUCAUUCUUCAAUAGCAGUAGCAGAACGUCUUGAAAAUAUUCAAGUAUGUGUUCCAAAUCCCAAUAAAACUCGUUGGAAUUCACAAUAUGAUAUGGUUGUGGCUGUAAUUGGUAUUCAACCAUCUGCUUUAAAUGACAUUUUAAUACAAGCGCAACAUCGAGAAUUAUGUCUUAAAUCAUUAGAUUAUCAAAUGCUAAAUGAAUUUGUUUCUUUAUCAACACUUUUUGCUGAAGCUACAACUACCACACAAGCACAAAAGACCCCUUCAGUCUCAAUAGUAGCAUCUUCAAUUUUAGCUAUUUAUCAGGAUCUUUUACUUGAACGAGCAAACGUUAAACAUGCAUCAAGUUUAUGUGAAUGUUUAUUAGAAUCACUUUUAUCUCGUUUUGGUGGUAUGUUGGAACAAAUGUUAUUAGUUAUUGAUAUUUCAGAAAAGAAAAAAAAGAAAAAUUUUUAUGAUCUUUUCAAAGAUCCUGUCUUUUUAGUAGUGCCAUUUUUAGAUGGUCGAUUUCGUCUCAAUUGGAUAUCAAGUUCAUCUCUUUUGGAACAAGUACAAGAAGAAUUAUCUAGCAAAAUACAACAACUUGUAUUAGAACAAUGUAUUUUAAUUGAACAAGUUAAUGCACCACUAGGAACAACAGAAAAUGAUAAUCCAAUAUUAAGUCCAACAGCACAAACACAACCAUUAUCUGCUAGUGCUGCAACAAGUCCAAUUACACCAAAACGAAAAUACUUAUUUACCAACAUUGUGAAGGAAACAAAAAAACCUAAGUCGGAUCCAUUCAGCUAUAUUAAAGAUGAGAUAUUCAAAUACUUGAAUGAUGAAAAUGCAGAUGAUAUGGUUCUUUUAAAACCUUCAAACAUUUAUCCAACUCUUUCAAAAUUAGCAAUGAAAUUUCUGUCGAUUCCUGCAACUUCUGCUCCGGUUGAACGUGUUUUUAGUCAGAGCGGAUUUCUGUUUCGUUAA